GGUUGCCUCCCCUUUUCCCCCUUUCGCUACCCGCCCAUAGCCUGGGCGUGGUUCGGGGCGAGGAGGAAAGCCCCUGAGGAAGGGCCGCUCUCCGGCCGCAUCCGCACUUGUGAUAGGGCGGCCCCUCCGUCUCCCGGCGGCGGCCGAACCCUCGAGAAAGGGGCCGAGCUCGGCCCGCCCUCCUGGCUCUGAGCUGGUCCGGCGCGUGCCCCGCCGGCAGUUCUGGUAUGAGUUGCUAAAACCAUGGUGAAAUGUUGCUCGGCCGUUGGAUGUGCUUCUCGCUGUUUACCAAAUUCCAAGCUAAAAGGACUGACAUUUCACGUAAGAAUGAAAGUACAAGUGUCUCUGUUCAUCUGGGAUAAAUUCCUCAGAUAGGAAAAGGCCCAAGUGAUAUUCUUUAUCAUCUACAGAUGAAGAAAAACCUUCAGAUUCCCCACAGAUGAAAACGUCAAAAGAAAAUGGGUAUUAGCAAUGAAAAGACUUGAUGUGAAUGCUGUAGACAUUUGGGAGCCUAAAAAAGGAGAUGUGUUGUGUUCAAGGCACUUUAAGAAGACAGACUUUGACAGAAGUACUCCAAAUAUUAAACUGAAACCUGGAGUCAUACCCUCUAUCUUUGAUUCCCCAUCUCACUCACAGUACACAGGCCUCUCACUGUUGUGGGCUCUCCCGUUGCGGAGCACAGGCUCCGAACGCGCAGGCUCAGCGGCCAUGGCUCACGGGCCCAGCCGUUCCGCAGCAUGUGGGAUCCUCCUGGACCGGGGCACAAACCCGUGUCCCCUGCAUCAACAGGGGAAAAGAGAAAAUCUUCACUGUAGGAAAAACUUCACCCUCAAAGCCCUUCCAGUCACAAACCACAAUCACCAGCUUGUUGGUGCUUCCUCGUGUAUCGAAGAAUUCCAGUCCCAGUUCAUUUUUGAACAUAGCUACAGUGUGAUGGACAGUCCAAAGAAACUUAAGCAUAAAUUAGAUCAAGUGAUCAGCGAGCUAGAGGAUACCAAGAAAAGUCUGCGGAAUGUUUUAGGCCGAGAAAGACGUUUACAAAAAUCAUUGAGGAAGACAAUCAGGGAAUUAAAGGAUGAAUGUCUCAUCAGCAAAGAAACAGCCAAUAGACUGGACGCUUUCUCUUGGGAGUGGUGUCAGGAGAGCAUAGAACAAGACUAUAUUUCAUGAAAUAAUUUCAUGUUAUGUUCUACCUAAAAUUGUUAUUGGUACAGCUUUUCAGAAAAUGAUUACCAUCAUUAAAUAAUAUCUGUCAUUUAGAGUGCUUCUUUGGAUCCUCCGCAGCAUUACGCAUUAGUGUUAUUAUCCAAAGGCUUUUUUUUUUUUAAGAUGUGCAGAAAUUUGUGUUGGUUGUCAUGUUAUUGGGUGACUUGUGACAAUUAUGUUUUUAUAGACCUAAACUAGUGCCAGGUCACUAUUGUAAGAUGUUAAAAAUCAAGAAGAUUCUGUAGGACUAAGGAAAUGAUUUCAAAUCAGCCACAUUAAGCUGUAAUAGUAGAAACUGGACACUUUAGCAGCAUCAGAUUUUUGGCUUCAAAGGAGUACCUUUGCUUAUGUAGGCUUUAUGGUAAGUACGUUGAAUUGUACUUUAACUGUAUUUUACCACAAAGCAAAAUUCAUUUAUAACACAUGUCCAUCUUGGAUCCAAUCCAAGGUUCUUUUGUUAUCAGUAAUACCAAAAGAUCUUUUUACAGGGCAUCCCAUGGUACUGACCUUGAGAACAACAUAUGGUGCAGAUCUUUUGGCUUUUAAAGUUGUUCAGAGCCAAGUUAAGAAGACCCCUGAUGAGGUCUUGUUUUUUCGGUACAGUACAUCAUUUCUCCUCACUAGGAGUACUUUGAUGUAAACCAGCAUAGCUUUAACAAAUUUUUAAAGAGGGUCAUAAAUCUGAUUUUCAAAUGGUUACUCUGAUGGUUCUGAACAGUUUGUUUCAUGACUGUUAUUUCAUCAUAAAGGUGUAUCUUCAAAAUCUGAAUGCCAGUAGUAACUGGAUACUUUCAAUGCUGUUUUGUAUUUUACAGAAAGUAGUGUUACUAACGUUUUUUAAAAUACGAAAUGCAGAAGAAACCAUUAAAAAUAAUGAUGUGGCUCUUCUAGUUAAAAUAGGAAUUGGAGAGAGAGUUAUAAUAUUUUCCUUUAAUUAGGAGAGUAGAUUACUAUCCAAGAGCUUUUAUUUAGAGAAUUGGAUAAGUAAACAGCAAUUUUAGAAUAGCUUCUUACUGAAUUUACAAAAGAAUAACUCUUAGUUAUUUUCUAAUUAAUCCAAGGGUCAGAAAUUUAGGUUUAUCUCCUAAUUUGUUAGUAAAAACAACUGAAAUGAAGAGUCAUAAACACUGUGGAUCAGAAUAAAAUUACUAGCCCAAAGCCAAAUUCUACUUUGAAGCAUGUGUACAUUCAUGAACUUCAUUCACACGUCCAUGCUAUAAUAGUUACAGUUUGAAUAUCAGUUAUUUCAAUGUGUUAACUAGAAAUGAGCUGCAUUUUUUGCUAAUGUUCAUUGUAAUUUUAUUUGUGUUACAUUAAUAUCAGUAAGGAUAUGGUCACUUGAAUUUUUUUAUAUUUAAGAAUUUUCUGUUUUAACGCACGUUACGUUUUUAUGUAGGAUUCCAAACCUUCCCUCUAAACGGGAUUUUACCCACAUUUGAAAGAUUAGCAUUAUGCUAAGAAGAAAUCAUGGAGGUCCUGUCGUUUUACUACCUUAAAAAAAACCUCAUUACCUACCCAUUAUUUAUUUGAGUUAUUUAAUUUUGAAUUCAUAGUGGACACUCUAAUGGGAAGUUUGGGUAUGAUCUUAAGUUUUAUGGAGAUUCUGUGAUAGAGGUGGAGACUCUUUCCCUCAACCUGUUUUUGAGCAAAAAAAAAAAGUCAGUGGACAGUGGAGAAAACUAAGAGGACAGAUCCAAGCACAGUAUGUCCAAAUCCUAGAUCUCUGCUGGCUGCUUAGAAUAAAUCAAGCCCAGAAGACCUAUCCAAAAAUCAGUCCCCAGUUUCUGCCACUAUCGUCACAGUUGCCGCAGUCACUUCUGCUACUAGUGUUCACAGUGAACUCAGCUUUUGUCUUCUUUUUCGUUGGUCUUAGUAUCAUCAAGAGAGAGAGAACUGUGGGCAAAGUAUUGGUAUCAUCAAGAACCCAGAGCUUUCCACUUGCCAUUUAUUUUUAUGGAGAAAUGAUUACCAAUAGAUAGAAAUCUGACAUAAGAGAUAGGGUCCUCUCCACCUGCCACCCAAACAAAUGCCUGAACAUGGUGCAUACCUCAGUCCACUGUUCCCAGAGAUUCCAGCCUAGCCUGAGAAGGAACUGUCCUCUGCAGAGCAGAGCCAGUCAUCCCGCAUCCAGAGGUUCCUUAAGCAGCCAAGGCCAACCUAAGACUAUCACUUUGCUUUCAAGCUUGGAAUAGCCUCUGGAUCCUGGAACAAACCAAUACACCAGUUCAACCUCAGCACCAAAUCAGGUACAAAGGACUUGAUAUGGCAUUUUUCUCCAUAUCAAGUUUAAAUUUCUGGAAAUAGAUUUUGGUUGCUAAAGAUAAUCACAAUUAUACCAUAGUCAUUCAUUUGAGAAAAGAUGAAACAUAUUAAAAAUAUAUAUUUACGGGGCUUCCCUGAUGGCGCAGUGGUUGAGAGUCUGCCUGCCGAUGCAGGGGACACGGGUUCGUGCCCCGGUCCGGGAGGAUCCCACGUGCCGCGGAGCGGCUGGGCCCGUGAGCCACGGCUGCUGAGCCUGCGCGUCCGGAGCCUGUGCUCCGCAGCGG